GCGCUCUUGGUGCAAGCGCCAGAGCUGCAGAGGCGCGAGUGGCGAGUGGCGAGCCCUUUCACCUCAGUGAGUGCCUUUGUGUGCGGUCUCUUUGAGGUUUGUGACUUUGAGGGGCCAUGUGAGCUGUUGUGCCUUGAUCGCCCUUGCGGGCAGCCGUUUGGUGCAGAGACUUCACCGCAACACCGCAAACUGCCAUGUCGGACUUUGAUCGUGUGACGGGUUUGAGAACCGGUGGCAGUGAUCAUGAUCAUGAGUCAGACAGUGAAAGCUCGGAGGUCGUUCUCAAACACAAGAAAGACUAUGUGGCUGCCCUUCAGGGGGCCGGCGUGGCAGCCAGCAUGAAUUGGAAACUGGCCUCGUUGCAGGAGGCUUGGAAUCAGCACAAGAGAGGUGGGGGCCACUCAGAGGCCACAGCAGUUGAGGAGCCGGCCGCAGAGGCCACAGUUGAGGAGCCGGCCGCAGAGGCCGCAGUUGAGGAGCCGGCCGCAGAGGCCACAGUUGAGGAGCCGGCCGCAGAGGCCGCAAUUGAGGAGCCGGCCGCAGAGGCCGCAGUUGAGGAGCCGGCCGCAGAGGCCGCAGUUGAGGAGCCGGCCGCAGAGGCCGCAGUUGAGGAGCCGGCCGCAGAGGCCGCAGUUGAGGAGCCGGCCGCAGUCAAGGAGCCAAGGCCCAUGGAAGCUGUUGAUGCCGUGAAAGUUGGACAGAGCCCGGACCCUCCAUGUAGGCAAGUGCCCUCUGAGGAGUUGCAACUGGCUGCGAUCGCUCAGCAGCUCGUGCAAUUGCCGCGGAGUGAGAGGAUCUCUCGGCUGGAGGUGUUGGUCUCUUCAUGGAAGUCCCAAGAUGAUUCUUUCUGCCUCCCGAAGGCGGUCGAAGUCAAUGUCCGUGAGGAGCCUGCCAAGAAGACCAAGGCCGUCGCCGAGCCUGCCAGGGAGAAGCCGCUACCUCCAGGCCAUGCGAUCGCUUGGCUGGGCUUCGUUUUGUCGGAGCCAUUCAACAGGGAGGCGGUGGAGCACUUUGGGCGAGCUCUGGCGGCGCUUCUGGUGCGGGACACAGAGGCCGCUGGUGUGGUUAAAGUGGCGUACCGGGAGUGCCACACCGUUGCUGACCUCUUUGAUGUGGAGACGCUUGGCAGAGCCUACGGUGGCUAUGUUGCCAAGCACUACGAGGAGCUGGCAAAGCGGCUCAAGAAGAUCGACCCUGUGAAGGGGCAGGACGAUGUGGAUGCCAUCAGCGCGCAGAUGGGCAUUUACAUGCAGCUGCCCCCCGUCUUUGGCAAUCUUCAGAAGUUGGGCAUGAGCUCCUUCGCUGAGGUUUGCCGCAGUGGCAUGCCCCUCGUGGACAUCGACCAGCAGUGCAGUGCCGGGCGGAUCUUGUUGGGGCGACACCCGAGCGCCGCCAGGCUUGGGCACUUUGUGCGCAAUAGGGACUCCUACCUGGACAUGCUGCCAGUGGAGCGGGAGGACGCCAAGGAGUUCUUCACGGGCCUGUUGUUUGGGGGCGGCAGCGGGUGCUGCCGGGAGUUUGAGGAUCAGCACGGCGUCCGGCUGCCUCAGUGCGUCCAGGACCUCAUUGCGGAGCUGCGGGCUUUGAGGGACAUCGAUGAGAAGAAGUACGAGAACCAGAUGAGGAUGCUGGCCACCGAGUACCCUGGCAAAACUCUGCAGGCCUUCCUCCACCAGAUCGAAGAGCGUCGGAUCUCCAGCGCCUUUUGCGCUGCAGUGGAGGCCCAGGGGCUGGGCCGGCCCGUUAGUUGGGAACAUGACGGAGUUGUGUUUGCUCCCUUGAGAGACCUCCUGCCAGAGGAGGUGGACCUCUGGAGACAGCGCGUGCUUUGCGCCGCACAGGCCGCGGUGCCGGACAGCCCGCUCGGUAUCAAGGCUUACCAAAGCAUGGAGGAGCUGCUGCGCCACUUCAAGACCAUCCACCCGGAGACGGUGGACAAUGACUGGGUAGAGCAGGAGCAGGUUCGGUUCCAGCUCAGUGCCUACCUGUCGGCCGGCGUGGAGUCCGUGGACUAUCUCGCGGCCCAGUUGCUGCCCGGGCACGUGCUGAACAACGGUGUGCUUGUGUUGGACACAUACAAGUGCGUCCCAACAUCUACCAGGCACACCGAAACCGCCAUGUUUGACGAGGGCAAGGGCCGCUGGACUUUGGCGAAAUCGGCGCACGCCGAGACGACGCUGGCUGAUGUGGUGAAGCAGGUCUACAUCGACUCGACGCCGGAGGUGGCGAAUACCGCGAUGGAAAAGGGGCUCUACGAUCCCUACUUCUUCGCAGAGCUGGACGGCAAUAAGUACCGUGACUUCUUGUUGUUUCUGGAUGGCUGGGUGCUGCACGUACCAACCAUGCAGGCCACCAGAGGCCGCAGGGACUUGCGGAUGAGCCGCUCACUGGGGAUCUCCUACCCCGGUGACUUGAUGCACAAGCUGGACGUUUUGAACGUCGCCGCCCUCCUGGAGGAGGUGGCCUGCUUUGAGGACGGCCUGCCGGAGAAAGACUACACCAGCGAGGACAUGUUCCCCCAGACCUUGGCAGACCGCCUGUGGAACCUCUCCCAGCACCCGGAGUUUGCAGCCCUCCGGUUCCUCUUCAGCUCGCACGAGUCAUGGCCCAGGGUCCUUUUCCUGCUGAAGUUUGCCGCCUUCCAGCUGUGUUCCACGAAAAGCUUGGAGGAUGGGAUGCUUUGGGUCGGCGCUGGGAAGAACGGCAAGAACGCCUGGAUGUCCAUGCUGCUCAAACUCUUUGGUGAUUGUGGCCACACACCGCCCAAGGAGGUGCUCACAAAGCCGCCGCAACCGCCGGAUGAGGCGGCGCCUGUGCGCUUCGGCCUCAGGGGAAGGCGGUUGCUGUGGUUCAACGAGCUGGAGGAGAAGCACCCCAUUCAGAGCACGAUUUUCAAGGACUUCCGCGACCACGCAACGACCUUGACGGCUCGCACACUGUACGGGGACAACGUUGACUUCAACGUCACUUGGGGCAUGGUGCUUGCCACCAACAGUAGGGUGUCCUGGACCGCCGAGGAUGGCGGCGUUGGGAAAGUCGUGGAUUUGCGGUGGAAGGCGACGGCUGUCGUGGAUAGCGUCGCCCCGGGGCUGCUUUACCUGCUGCUCCAGGUCUACAAAGUCUUUCUGCCCCGGCUCACAGACACCCAGAUCCACCCGCGACCGCAUUGUGUGGUCCUUGAGACCGGCGAUUCGUCGGAGACGUUCUAUGCGAGCAAGGCCGUGGCUAACUUUGUGGAGACCACGGGAACGCUGCCCAAGAGCGGCCCUGACUGCCUUGGAUGGCAGGCUGCUUUGGAGGCCUUCACGGCCAGUGCUCGGGGCAUCAACCGGGUAGGCGCGAGGGAUAUCUUCAAGGCAGAGUUCGAGGCACACAAGUACUGCGGGAAGUUGCUGGCAAAGCACC